GCAUAAUGUAAUUAUGGGGUAAAAUACUUCCGGAUAAGGGCAAUGCAUUUAUCCAAGGUUUCUGACGGCUUACCUUUGAGCAGAAGAAUGCCGCAUUAAUGCAGUCAAACUUAACCCUGUUCAACCCACCUGGUGUCAUCGCCAACAAUCGACCAGUUAAUUAAACAAGGUCUGUGGGCGCUCUUCUGAUUUCGCUCUUUGUCAUCUUAACAUCCUCUCGUCUCUGGAAUCCGGCUCGAUCUUUUCCAGAUGGGGUCCAUCGUCCUACCCCAUCUCAGCACCGGCUGGCAUGUCGACCAGGCCAUCCUAUCCGAAACAGAACGCGUUGUCGCGAUUCGCUUCGGCCGCGACCACGAUCCCGACUGCAUGCGACAGGACGAAGUCUUGUACCGUAUCGCGGACAAGGUGAAGAAUUUCUGCGUCAUCUACGUCUGCGACAUCGACCAAGUCCCCGAUUUCAACCAGAUGUACGAGCUUUACGACCCGUGCACCAUCAUGUUCUUCUUCCGCAACAAACACAUCAUGUGCGAUCUGGGCACGGGAAACAACAACAAGCUAAACUUUGUCCUCGAAGACAAGCAAGAGCUGAUCGACAUCGUCGAGACCGUGUAUAAGGGCGCCAAGAAGGGUCGCGGUCUGGUGGUUAGCCCCAAGGACUACUCUACCCGCUACCGGUACUAAUCCGGGCUGCGCCUCUACGCUUAAAAAAAAAACAUCGGGCCCCCUCUCGAUCUUCAUCCCGUGCCCCCCCUAGCUUGUCGGCUCGCAACUGGG